AUGGCGACUUUCCACAUGAGCGAGCUCCUGAAGACCAUGGUGCUCGAGUACCUCCAAGUACCUAGCACCGAGGAGCCUAAACCAGCUCUCUGCAUCGAGACCGAGCCGAGCUGGAUGGACGCAUUCGUCACCUACCUGCAGAGUGAAGUCCUCCCCAAUGAUGAGCUCGAAGCCCGCCCGGUUAAGCGCCAGGCUUCCCGAUACCUCCUAUACGAAGGCAAGCUCUACCGCUGGUCAUUCAUCUCUCCUCUUCUUAGAUGUCUCUGCCCCUUAGAGGCAGAUUAUGCUAUGCGAGAAGUUCACAAAGGAAUCUGCGGAAACCAUCUAGGAGGUCGGGCCCUAGCCCACAAAAUUCUGCGCCAAGGAUAUUACUGCCCCACACUCCAGAAAGAUGCAUUAGACUUUAUCCAAAAGUACGAUCGGUGUUAG